AUGCCAAAUUAUAAACUUUAUUAUUUCGAUGGACGUGGUCGUGGUGAAUUUUCACGACUAAUCUUUGCUGCCGCUGAUCAACAAUUUGAGGAUGUUCGUUAUCCACAGACCGAGUGGCCAAGUCAUAAACAAGAAAUGCCAUUAGGACAAAUGCCAGUUUUGGAAGUUGACGGGAUCAAAAUUCCACAAUCCUUCACGAUAGCACGUUUUCUUGCCAAGCAAUUUAAUCUAGCUGGUAAAGAUAAUUUGGAACAGGCAAAAGCCGACGCUACUGUUGAUACUAUCGCAGAUUUAAUGGCAAAAUUGUCGCCGUUGAUGUAUGACAAAGAUGAAGUAAGAAAACAACAAGGUAUAAAAAAGUUUCAAGAAGAAGAGUUACCAAAACAUUUACAAAAUUUGGAAAAAUUAGCGAAAUUAUAUGGAAAUGGAGCGUUCUUCGUCGGAGGCUCACUAACGUGGGCUGAUCUAGUGUUUUAUGAAAUUAGCAACAGUUUGUUAAAACUUGAUCCAAAUGUUUUAAAAGAUUAUCAACAAUUGUUAAAAACUCGUCAAGAAGUCGAAAAACAUCCGAAAGUGUCAGCAUAUUUAAAAUCUCGUCCAGAGUCACAGUUUUAA